AUGACUCACUCCGCAGCAGUAGAUGAUGUUGAGGGAUCCAAAAUCUACGCAAUCACACAGCCCCUGAGGCCAUAUGGAAUCAUCGAGGGUCUGACAGCACUGGAGCGCGCCGGCAAAGAGACUGCUAUCGAAAGAGCCCUCUCGCUCUUCACUUCACACGGAGAAAGCAUCCCUGACACCGGUAUAGAUUACCCUGCUCACGAGGUCAACUUUGGGCAGUCUAUCGUGGCACCAGUAGCUAUCUUCCUCCUGGAGCUGGCCAGGUACACUGGCGAGGACCGCUGGCCCGAGGCAGCAAAGGAGCACUUCGAUCUCCUCCUCCUCUUUGGCGGACAACAGCCCGACUACCACAUGCACGACGUCACCAUCCGCCACUGGGACGGCUACUGGUUCGGCAAGGACCGUAUGUGGGGAGAAGUCUUCCCAUACUAUUGGAGCACGCUGACGGCCAUUGCCAUGCACCACUACGCGAAGCUCACCGAGGACAGAUCGUACGGGCGUAGGGCACAGGAGGUGCUCAAGUCCAAUCUUGCUUUGUUCUCGUCUGAUGGCACGGCAAGCUGUGUGUGGCUGUAUCCGAAGACGGUCAAUGGCAGGGCCGGGCACUACAAGGAGCCGUACGCCAACGACCAGGACUGGGCUCUCAAUCAACAUCUUCUUCUCACAGAUUCACUCUGA